AUGGAAUCUGGUUGCCAAUAUAGUCCAGGAGAGAUCCCCAAAUCGACCACAUUGUUCGAUUUGAAUUAUCAGGGGGUGCUGCAGCACCCUCAGCAGCACUCAGAACAAUCAGCAGCCCUCAGCAGCCUCAGCACGCUUAGCAGCCCUCAGCAGCCAUCAGCACCCUUCAGCAGCCCUCAGCAGCCCUCAGCACCCUCAGUAGACCUCAGCAGCCUCAGCACCAUCAGCAGCCCUCAACACCUCAGCCCUCAGCAAACCUCAGCAGUCAUCAACACCCUCAACACCCUCAGCAGCCCUCAGCACCGAUCAGCAGGCCUCAGCACCCUCAGCAGCCAUCAGCAACCUCAACACCUUCAGCACUCUCAGCAGCCCUCAGCAGCCAUCAGCAACCUCAACACCUUCAGCACCCUCAGCAGAACUCAGCAGCCAUCAGCAACCUUCAGCACCUUCAGCACCCUCAGCAGCCCUCAGCACCCACAGGAGCCCUUAGCAGCCCUCAGCAAACCUCAGCAGCCAUCAACACCCUCAGCAGCCCUCAGCACCUUCAGCAGCCCUCAGCACCCAUCAGCACCCUUCAGCAGGCCUCAGCAUCCCUCAGCACCCUCAGCAGCCCUCAGAACCCUCAGCACCUCUCAGCAGCCAUCAACAGCCUCAGCAGCACUCAGCACCCUCAGCAGCCCUCUGCGCACUGAGCAGUCAUCAGUAGCCCUUGGCAUCCUCAGCAGCUCUCAACACCCUCAAGAGCUCUCAGGAGCCCUCAGCACCCCUCAGCACCCUCAGCACCCUCAGCAGUCCUCAGCAGCCUCCAGCAGCCCUCAGCACCCUCAGCAGCCCUCAGCACCCUCAGCAGCCCUCAGCGCCCUGAGCAGCCAUCAGCAGCCCUCGGCACCCCUUGGCAUCCUCAGCAGACUCAUCACCCUCAGGAACCAUCAGCACCCUUUGCAGCCAUCAGCACCCUCAGACCUCAGAGCAGCCCUCAGCACCCUCAGCAGCCUCAGCCACCCUCACCAUCAGCAGAUCUCAACAGCCCUCAGCAGCCUCAGCACCCUUAGCAGCCUCAGCAGCCCUCAGCAGCCUCAGCACCCACAGGAGCCCUCAGCAAACCUCAGCAGCCAUCAACACCCUCAGCAGCCUCAGCAGCCCUCAGCACCCUCAGCAGCCGUCAGCUGCUAUCAGAAGGCCUCAGCAGCCAUCAGCAGCCUCAGCGCCCUGAGCAGCCAUCAGCAGCCCUCGGCACCCCUUGCACCCUCAGCAUCCUCAGCAGACUCAUCACCCUCAGGAGCCAUCAGCACCCUUUGCAGCCACCAGCACUCUCAGACCCCAGAGCAGCCCUCAGCACCCUCAGCAGCGUCAGCCGCCCUCAGUAGCCUGAAGCGCCCUCAUCAGCCAUCAGCAGAUCUCAACAGCCCUCAGCAGCCAUCAGCAGCCUCAGCACCCUUAGCAGCCUCAGCAGCCCUUAGCAGCCCUCAGCAGCCUCAGCACCCACAGGAGCCCUCAGCAAACCUCAGCAGCCAUCAACACCCUCAGCAGCCCUCAGCAGCCCUCAGCACCCUCAGCAGCCAUCAGCUGCCAUCAGCAGGCCUCAGCAGCCAUCAGCACCCUCAGCACCCUCAGCAGCCCUCAGGAGCCCUCAGCAGCCCUCAGCAGCCAUCAACACCCUCAGCAGCCUCAGCAGCCCUCAGCACCCUCAGCAGCCAUCAGCUGCCAUCAGCAGCCAUCAGCAGCCAUCAGCAGCCAUCAGCAGCCUCAGCACACUUAGCAGCCUCAGCAGCCCACAGGAGCCCUCAGCAAACCUCAGCAGCCCUCAGCAGCCCUCAGCAGCCCUCAGCAGCCUCAGCAGCCCUCAGCAGCACUCAGCAGCCUCAGCAGCCCUCAGCAGCCCUCAACGCCCAUCAGCAGGCCGCAGCAGCCCUGAGCACCCUCAGCAGCCCUCAGCACCCUCAGCAGCCCUCAAUACCCUUAGCACCUCUCAGCAGCCAUCAGCAGCCAUCAGCAGCCUCAGCAGCCCUCAGCACCCUCACAUCAUCAGCAGCUCUCAACACCCUCAGCAGCCCUCAGGAGCCCUCGGCACCCCUCAGCACCCUCAGCAGCCUCCAGCAGCCUCCAGCAGCCAUCAACACCCUCAGUAGCCUCAAUAGCCUCAGCAGCCCUCAGCGCCCUGAGCAGCAAUCAGCAGCCCUCGGCACCCCUUGGCAACCUCAGCAUCCUCAGCAGCUCUCAACACCCUCAGCACCCUCAGCAGUCAUCAGCAACCUCAGAAGCCAUCAGCAACUUCAGCAGCCAUCAGCACCCUCAGUAGCCUCAGCACCCUUAGCAGCCCUCAACAGCCCUCAGCACCCACAGGAGCCCUCCUCAGCCCUCAGCAAACCUCAGCAGCCAUCAACACCCUCAGCAGCCUCAGCAUCCCUCAGCACCCUCAGCAGCCCUCAGCAGCCCUCAGCAGCCCUGAGCAGCCUCAGCAGCCCUGAGCAGCCCGCAGCAGCCCUCAGCAGCCUCAGCACCUGUCAGCAGCCCUCAGCACCCUCAGCAGCCCUCAGCGCCCUGAGAAGCCAUCAGCACCCCUCGGCAUCCUCAGCAUCCUCAGUGGCUCUCAACACCCUCAGGAGCCCUCAGCAGCCCUCAGCACCCUCAGAACUCUCAGCAACCCUCAGCAGCCUCCAGCAGCCUCCAACAGCUUCCAGCAGCCCUCAGCAGUCCUCAGCAGCCCUCAGCGCCCUGAGAAGCCAUCAGCAGCCCUCAGCACCCUUUGGCAUCCUCAGCAUCCUCAGUGGCUCUCAACACCCUCAGGAGCCCUCAGCAGCCCCCAGCAGCCCUCAGCACCCUCAGCAGCCUCAGCGGCCCUCAGCAGCCCUCAGCAGCCCCCAACAGCCUCCAGCAGCUCUCGGUCACCCCAGCAGCCCUCAGCAGCCAUCAGCACCCUCAGCAGCUUUAGCAUCCCUCAGCACCCUCAGCAGCCAUCAGCACCGUCAGCAACCUUCAGUAGCCUCAGCAGCCCUUAGCGCCCUGAGCAGCUAUCAGAAGCCCCCAGCAUCCUCAGCAUCCUCAGCAGCUCUCAGCACCCUCAGGAGCCCUCAGCAGCCCUCAGAGUCCUCCGCAGCCCUCAGCAGUCCCCAGCAACCCCAGCAGCCAUCAGCAGCCCUCAGCAGCCAUCAGUACCCUCAGCAGCCCUCAUCAGCCAUCAGCACCCUCAGCAGCCUCAGCAGCCCUCAGCACCCUCAGCAGAACUCAGCACCCUCAGCAGCCCUCAGCACCCUCAGCAGCCCUCAGCAACCUCAGAAGCCAUCAGCAGCCAUCAGCACCCUGAGCAGCCUCAUCACCCUUAGCAGCCUCAGCAGCCCUCAACAGCCCUCAGCACCCACAGGAGCCCUCAGCAGCCCUCAGCAAACCUCAGCAGCCAUCAGCACCCUCAGCAGCCUCAGCACCCUUAGCAGCCUCAACAGCCCUCAGCACCCACAGGAGCCCUCAGCAGCCCUCAGCAAACCUCAGCAGCCAUCAACAUCCUCAACCGCCUCAGCAGCCCUCAGCAGCCCUCAGCAGCCCUCAUCACCCUCAGCACCAAUCAGCAGCCUCAGCAGCACUCAGCAGCCAUCAACAUCCUCAGUAGCAUCAGUAGCCUCAGCAGCCCUCAGCAUCUGUCAGCAGCCCUCAGCAGCCCUCAGCAGCCCUGAGAAGCCACCAGCAGCCCUCAGCAGCCCUCAGCACCCCUUGGCACCCUCAGCAUCCUCAGCAGCCCUCAGCACCCUCAGGAGCCCUCAGGAGCCCUCAGGAGCCCUCAGCAACCCUCAGCAGCCCUCAGCACCCUCAGGAGCCCUCAGAAACCCUCAGCAGCCUCAGCAGCCCUCAGCACCCUCAGCUGCCAUCAGCAGCCCUAAGCAGCCCUCAACACCCAUCAGCAGCCCUCAGCACCCUCAGCACCUCUCAGCAGCCAUCAACAGCCAUCAACAGCCUCAGCAGCCCUCAGCACCCCCAGCAGCCCUUAGCAGCUCUCAACACCCUCAGGAGUCCUCCGCAGCCCUCAGCUACCUCAGCACCCUCAGCAGCCAUCAGCAGCCCUCAGCAGCCAUCAGUACCCUCAGCAGCCCUUAG